CCAUUAAAAAUGAUUAUCAAAUUAUCAAAGUUGAUCCAAAUAUCCCUAUAUUAAACAAGUAUGCAUCCAUUUAGGCAGAGGAAUUCAGGAAAUAGCUCUUACCAAAUUUUUGCAGAUAUCAGAAGAUAUCUUUAUUAUGCAAUAAUAAAGAUACGAUCUAGCUGAGCAAGCUUGUUUCAAUCCAAAGUUCAUCCUUUAAAAUAUUACAUUCACUACUGUUCACUGCUGUAAAAUCUAUUGCGUUUACGGUACUGUCGUGAUUAAUUUGAUGUGAUAUUGCUACAUUGAUAGUGCACAAGUUCUUUUAAAAUCGUUUUGAUCUCGUAGGCUGCUGAAGUUGCUAGGCGAAUUAAAGAUGAAGAAAGAGGUGGCAAAGCCGACGUCAAAAUUAUUGGUAAGUCUACACAACUUAACUAUUGUCAUGUUAGGCAUGUUUACUGGAAGCAAAUUAUCAGCUGCUUAUCACCAUUCAGAUAGAGUAUGGUUCACACGUAAAUGUACGUGCAUUUAAAAAAAAAAAGAAUGAUUUGAACAAAGCACAUGAAUGCAAUGUGUCUAAAGAAAGCUUGAUAAAACCUUACGUAAUAAAUGUAGAAUGCCUAAUGAUUAAUGCUUCAUUUAUGAUGUUUAUAACAAAAUAAAAUUUGGAAAUCAAAUAUUUGUCACGUAGAUGAUAGCAAAGGUGAUUCGUUGAUAAUUUUGAAAAAAUGAUUUGAAAGUAGAUUUUUAAAAGUUAACCUGAAAACAAAACUAAAUAAAAAUAAAGUAGUCUUACAAAAGAGCUUCUGCAGGUGAACAAAAAUCUAGUACCGUAUUUCUCAGGGAUGUUCUCCCACUAAACAAUAUGGCAACAUUGUAACCAGCAUACCUCUGCGAUCUGAGUCAAAGUUAAAUGCAACAGUCUCAGCUCAGUAGCCUUAUUCACCGCCAUAUGUAUUACUAACAUGGCUGGUGGAUACACGCAGGCUGCCAACAUAAGAUCUACAGUAAAUAUAUAAAAUUAAAAAAAAACACCAUUGGUGGUGUUUGUAGAUCUGGAAGAUGACUAGAGGAAAAAUCAACUUCGUCAUCUCAUGCUAAGGCUGAAUCAGCAAGAUUUUUCAUGUUCUAAUACAUUGGUCUGAGUCUUGUUCGCCGCAUGCUCUAAUCCAGUGGUCUUGGUCUUGUUUGCUGUCUGUUUUUUGGAACACUCUUCCUAUCGCUAUCAGAAACAGCCAGACCCUGGAGUCUUUCAAAACUAAUUUGAAGACUUAUCUUUUUCGCAAACACCUGUUGGGUGAUGUUGUCUAUCUAGCUAUUGUCUUGUAGAUGUAUAUUGCCCUGUGUUGUUUAUGGUUGCAAGGUAUGAAAGACUUAGAAUGGGCAUUCUUGUAUGUAGUUUUGUAAUGUUGAAUUUUGUACUUCAAUGUGAUAUGUACCGCGCUUCGAGCCUUUGGGGAUGAAGCGGGAUUUUUAAAUAAUCUUUAUUAUUAUUAUUUUUAUGCUCUAAUCCAUUGGUCUGAGUCUUGUUCGUUGUAUGUUCUAAUCCAGUGGUCGGCAAACUCAUUAGUCACAAGAGCAAAAAAGGAGCAGCAGGCCGAUUAAAUUUUUAUUGAAGCCAAAUUUCUUUUCAAGUAUCUGUCAAGAUCCAUGUUUUUCGGAGUAAAAACCGAUUUGUUGCCGACUGGCCGAGCCGCUCACAGGUCGCUAGAAUAGCUGCAUGAGGCUCGAGAGCCGCGAUUUGCGGACCACUGCUAAUCCAUUGGUAUUUGUCUGUUCGUUGUAUGAUCUAAUCAAUUGGUAUUUGUCUUGUUUCUUGUAUAUCUUUCCAUUGGGAUUUGUCUUGUUCUUUAAAUGUUCUAAUCCAAUUCGUAUUUGUCUUUGUUUCUUGUGUGUACUAAUCCAUUGGUAUUUGCCUUGUUCGUUGUAUGUUUUAACUCAUUGGUAUUUGUUUUGUUCGUUGUAUGUUCUAGCUCAUUGGUAUUUGCCUUGUUCGUUGUAUGUAUUAACUCAUUGGUAUUUGUCUUGUUCGUUGUAUGUUCUAGCUCAUUGGUAUUUGCCUUGUUCGUUGUAUGUAUUAACUCAUUGGUAUUUGUCUUGUUCGUUUUAUGUUUUAACUCAUUGGUAUUUGUCUUGUUCGCUGUAUGUUUUAACUCAUUGGUAUUUGUCAUGUUCGCUGUAUGUUUUACCUCAUUGGUAUUUGUCUUGUUCGUUUUAUGUUCUAACUCAUUGGUAUUUGUCUUGUUCGCUGUAUGUUUUAACUCAUUGGUAUUUGUCUUGUUCGCUGUAUGUUUUAACUCAUUGGUAUUUGUCUUGUUCGUUUUAUGUUUUAACUCAUUGGUAUUUGUCUUGUUCGCUGUAUGUUCUAACUCAUUGGUAUUUGUCUUGUUCGUUGUAUGUUUUAACUCAUUGGUAUUUGUCUUGUUCGUUGUAUUUUUUAACUCAUUGGUAUUUGUCUUGUUCAUUGUAUGUUUUAACUCAUUGGUAUUUGUCUUGUUCAUUGUAUGUUUUAACUCAUUGGUAUUUGUCUUGUUCAUUGUAUGUUUUAACUCAUUGGUAUUUGUCUUGUUCGUUGUAUGUUUUAACUCAUUGGUAUUUGUCUUGUUCGUUUUAUGUUUUAACUAAUUGAUAUUUUUCUUGUUGUAUUGUUUUAAGUCGUAUCAUUUCCGUUAUCUAACUAGAUCUUCUUUUGCCCUCAAACUAUUAAUAGUUUUUAGGAGAAACUAACGCAUUUUGUACACUACAAUGUUCUGUUUGCAUCCACUGUCAUAAGUGGCAGUUAAUAGGCACACUUCUAGCAUCCACUAACAAAAGGGCAUUAAAGAGGCACACGGCUUGCAUCCACUGACAUAUGGGCAUUAAAGGGGCACAUGUUUUGGAUCCACUGACAUAAGGGCAUUUAAUAGUCACAUGUCUUGCACCCACUGACAUAAGGGCAUUUAAUAGUCACAUGCCUUGCACCCACUGACAUUAGAGGCUUUUAAUAGGCACAGGUUUUGCACCCACUGACAUAAGGGCAUUUAAUAGUCACAUGCCUUGCACCCGCUGACAUUAGAGGCUUUUAAUAGGCACAGGUUUUGCACCCACUGACAUAAGGGCAUUUAAUAGUCACAUGCCUUGCAUCCGCUGACAUUAGAGGCUUUUAAUAGGCACAGGUUUUGCACCCACUGACAUAAGGGCAUUUAAUAGUCACAUGCCUUGCAUCCGCUGACAUUAGAGGCUUUUAAUAGGCACAGGUUUUGCACCCACUGACAUAAGGGCAUUUAAUAGUCACAUGCCUUGCACCCACUGACAUAAGGGCAUUAAAUAGGCAUACAUCUUUCAUCCACUGCCAUAGUCCCCAAAAAGAUGCCCACGUCCUGAAUCCAGUUCAUGAUUUGAUGAUUUUUCCCCCUGGAAUGAUUCUUUUUCUCAUCAUUGGCACAGAUAAGGUUUGGCCCACCCGGGUCAGGGCUAGGUUAUUGCCACCCAGCCCCCAAAAUAGAAGGAAAAAAAAACAUCUUCAGUUGGCAAAAAAAUGUUAGCCUAAUAUAUAUAUAUAUAUAUAUAUAUAUAUAUAUAUAGGAACAAAAGAUCUCCGCCCUACGUUAUUAUAAACGCCAGGAUCCUGAUGCAGUAAGAACAACAAGACUAAACGCUUCGGGAAACCUAAUCCAUUAUUUUGUGUCUGUGCUCUGUGGCUACUUGCGGUAGAUACGCUAUUUCUAACGUGACAUGACCAGUAACAACAAAAUAAAGUUAUAAUCUAAAGAUAAUUAUUGUUUUCCCUUAAAACGCUAAAUGUCUAUCAAAGAUACAGCGAGCAGCAUGCAAAACACCCUAAUCGUCACCCACCAGCCAGAGAUGUGAUUGGGGUAGGGCAGGGUGGGGCAUUCCCCCCCCCCCUCGAAUUAGCAGGUUUUAUUUUAAUUGCCCAGCACUGUGGCGCCUCCAGUAAUAAACAACUUAACAAGCCGACCAAGUUUUGGUUUUGCCCCCCCCCACCUCCACCCCCCUUGAAAUGACGUCCCUACCACCAUACCCGGACACAUAAGACUGUUGUAAUAUGAACCCAACGUCUAGCCUCCCUCUCGCGUCUUUAUCAUUCAGAUGCUUCGUCAUACCGCGCACCUAGUUCCACUCGGUCUUAUCACGUUGACCCACCUCUGCUAAGAGUCGGACGCAACACAGGACUCCCCUUUUUACACUCACUCUCCCUCGAACGGUGUUUUGGCAACACACAUACAAACAAGCACGCAUGCACACACAUUUUUUUUUUUUAAUGAUGAUUUAAUUUUUUUUUUUUUUUUUUACCCUCCAUCCUUGCCAGGCUGAGGCAUCAGUAAGAGUUUCAUCAAUUCCCUACAUACACUUGCCACAAGCACGCAUGCACACACAUUUUUUUUUUUUAAUGAUGAUUUAAUUUUUUUUUUUUUUUUACCCUCCAUCCUUGCCAGGCUGAGGCAUCAGUAAGAGUUUCAUCAAUUCCCUACAUACACUUGCCAGAUACAUAAAAAAAUUAUUUUACACGCCCCAUCAAGUUGUAUAAAUCAUUAACAGCGUUGCACACAUGCUUCUCCGUGGCCUUUACGUGUCUGCCCGCUUAUCUCCUAUUUACUUAACUCAUCCACAACAUUUUUUUUUAUUCUGCACACUCCCUUCUUCUCAACCCCAUGAUGUUUGUUUCGUUGUUUGUUUGUUUUUUUUGUUUUUUAAAAAGGAAGACAUUUUCCUAUCUUUAAAGUGCUGAUCAUUUUAUGAUAACCGAUUUCGAUUUAUUAAAUAUAAUGAUGGUAACCGAACCAGUGGUGUGGCCAAGGUAAGUGAAGCAGCCGGGUGGGGGAAGAUCCCCCACACACCCAAAAUAUAAAUUUUACAUAUCUUCCAUGAUAAAUAGUUUUGCAGUCGGUCAAAAAUUAAAUUAUGCCCAUCAAAAUAAAGAAACAAGUGCCACUAGGGCGUAACCCCUCCACCCCCCCCCUUUUUUUUCCUCCCAACCCCAUUCCCCCUAAAUGCUCCAUUAUAGCUGAACAUAAUUUAAUUAAUUAAUUUUUUUUUAAAGUUGCUAAAUUAUUUUUUUUUUCAAUACACAUGGAAUUUUAAACAUUAUUUAUCACGUGGAAAUGGUCGAUUUAAUGUCUAAGAGAUUCGGAACAACUUUUUGUUUAAAACAGAAGAGCGCUGGCAGACAGACCAUGCUUUCUUUAAGGCUCUAGGAAGUAACGGCAGCAUCGCCAAGGCUGGCGACGUCCAGGCUGAUCAGGAGUUUGAGAAGUCUGUUCAGGAGGAAACCAAACUUUUUAGGUUUGUUCUAAUGCUGGUCGUCUGCUACAAUAUUCUUUGUUCUGAAUAGUCCCUGUGCUGACCAAAGACACCUGAGGGUACAUCAAAGGUAAGAGAUGAUCUCUAAAUUUCGAUGACGUGUCUUAACACAUUUGCAUAAACGUACUGUAGCCUGAUUUAAAAGAAAAAUUUCCCCCACGCAAACCUAAGAGAAUUUGAAAAAAAAAAAUACAAUGCCAAUAUCACCUAAUGGUUUGCCAAUAUCAACCAUUGUUCUGUCAGUAUCAACCAAUGAUCUGGCAAGUUGAACCAAUGAUCUGCCAAUAUACAACAAAUGAUCUGCCUAUUUCACCCAAUGAUCGGGCAAAGAUCGAUCAAAGGUCGGCAGAUUUCAAACAAAAAUCUGACCAUAUCUAUAAAAAUUAUGACGCUUUGACACAUAGCUUGUUGACCCUUUAUUCUUUCUAUACGCCAUUUUUUUUUAAAAAUACAAAAUCCUGAAUGAACCUCUGUCCAAAGGUGAAUAUAAAUUGUGUCUGUUCUUAACCAUAGAUCAGUGGUUCUUAACCUGGGUUCGAUCGAACCCCAGGGGUUCGGUGAGUCAGCCUCAAGGGUUCGGCGGAGGUUCCAAAAAAUCAGAAAAAAAAAAAUUCAUAUUUUAUUUUUCCUAUUAAGAAGGGUUCGGUGAAUGCGAAUAUGAAACUGGUGGGGUUCGGUACCUCCAAAAAGGUUAAGAACCACUGCCAUAGAUUCUUACUACGCAGCUGAAGUUACACCCAACACAGUCUGCAGACGAUUUUAAAUAAAACGUUUACGCGUGUGUGUGUGUUUGUUUGUGCGUGUGUGUGUGGCUGUGUGUAUGUCUGUGUUUGUUUGUGUGUGUAGGUGUGGCUGUGUGUGUGUGUGUGUUUGUUUGUUGGGGGUGGAAGUGGAAAGUGUCUUUGAUCAUCAUUAAAAAAAACACCUAAUAGCAUUGCAUAUACGUCUGUGACACCAAUGUGUGGCUAGUGUUCACUUUUGAAUGAUAACCAUAACACGAAUUCCAAGCCACAAUUGAAACAGAUGGAAUAAGUCGAGGGGGAAAAAAACCCGUAUUAAGAAUGUUUAACUGUACACAUUUUGAAGUGAAUCUGGUCUCGCUGUGCUUCAACAGAGUGUCAGAUGCUUCCGGUCAACUCGAAGUCACAGAGGUUGGUUGCAAGACAUUCACGAGAGCUACUUUGGACUCAAACGUAAGAAACCAGAAUCAGGAGAUGUGAUGGAAUAAGACAGGGGUUCUUAUCAAAAGGGGUGUUGGCACCUCUGGAGGCGGCCAGGGGUUCUUAACAAAAGGGGUGUUGGCACCUCUGGAGGUGCGGGAGCUGGCGUUUGGUGUGGCGGGGGCUAAAUAAUCAGGUUUAUUUGAAUUUUCAUGAGAAUUAUUUUUUGUUGGGUGGGUGGGCUUCGUGUGAAAUAUGUUUUGAAAUCGAUAGGGACGCGGCAUUGGCAAAAAGGACCCCAGAAUUAUUUUCUUAUUUUCUUAUUUUCUUUAUUUCUUAUUUUCUUAUUUUCUUAUUUUCUUAUUUUCUUAUUUUCUUAUUUUCUUAUUUUCUUAUUUUCUUAUUUUCUUAUUUUCUUUAUUUCUUAUUUUCUUAUUUUCUUAUUUUCAUUUUUCAUUUUUAUUUUCUAAACAAAGAAUAAUUCACAAAUGAAAAUUAUCCCCUUAAAAUCUUACAAUUAAAAAAAAAGUUGUAGCAAUGCAUAUAAGUGGAUUUUUAAAAGAAUAUAUACUUUUUAAGUCUAAUAUCUACCUUUUUUUCCUAGGAUUGUUUUAUAUUGGACUCUGGUCAAAGCGGCAUCUACGUGUGGAUCGGAAAAGGAUGCACUAAAAAUGAGAAAAAGUCCGCUUGGAAAAAUGCGACGGUGAGUUGACCUGUUACCUUGAAUUUUCAUAAAAAGAAACGAAAUAAGAAGAAAAAAACUUAACAUUUAGCAUUUUUUCUUGAUGUUUAAAAGUAAAGAAGUGUUCCAUUAACAUUGUAGGACUUCCUACAAAUCAGGGGCUAUCCGGACUGGACGCCAAUGACGCGUGUGGUCGAAGGAGGAGAGACUCCCUUAUUUAAGCAGCAGUUUACUUCCUGGUCCCAAGAUGAGUCGCGUGCUAUGAAGGCACCCAGUGAGUUUAAAUCUUUCAGUCUUUCUAAGUCUUUUUCAUUGCACAUUUUCCUAUUUAUUUCGUCAGUCAGUUCUAAUAUCCAUAUAUAAGUAUGUAAUAUAAACGCUAAACAUUUAAUUUUAAAUGAUGUUAAAGACACUUGUACCAUGUCUUGUGCCGAUAUUCAUUUAAAGACAUUUACCUUUAUAUUGAAAAUAAAGAAAGAUUAUUUAAAGCUUUUCUAUUCCAGGAAACAGUCACAAUUAACAAUACGACGACACAUAAAUUUUAAUUUGUCUACACUCUACACGUCAUAUAUUUAUUGUAUCAAUUUCUUUGUUUAGACCCGAUCAUGGAUAAAUCUUACAUUAAUCAUCAUACCACGACACAGAAAGUAGCAGGAACGCUUACAGCUAAUUCAUCUGAAAAUAUAAAAGUAAUAUUCAUUUUUGAUUAGUUAGACUUUUUUUGUGAAGAAAUCUUCGCAUCCAAUUAACAGAGGGCAGUAAAUUUUUAAUAAAGCAAGAGAGCCUAAUUCUAAGGGAAAUAAGUUAGAUCUUCGAUUUCUAUCCCUUUAAACACACAUGGACCUGUGUCACUGCUUAGGAUCGUUUCUCAAAAUGUAGUAGCAUUUAUUUGAUAAAGAAUUUUUUUUUUUUAUUUUAACAAAGAGUGCAUGUUAAAAACCUUUUCAUAAUCAUCCAUACUGACUCCUCCGAUUUGGUUCUGAAAUGAUGUCAUGUGCUAAUUAUAGACACAAGGCGCUUUAAGUUUUAAUCCUGUGUUGUGUGUCUUGUUUCAAUUGAGCAGCCCAAGUCCAGGCAACACUCGGCGAGAUUGUUUCAUUGCUCCAACUCAGCGGAACGAUUCUGCAUGGAGGAAAUCGAACCGUACAGCCAGGACGAUUUAAGGGACGAUUCUGUGGUGAUUUUAGAUACAAAAGAAAAAGUAAAGCUACUCUUGCAUGUUGUGAAACAUUAUGAUCUGAAAUUUAAAAUAAUCUACUUAACAUUUGUUAACAAAUUCAUAAGUAUCGCAGUGAACGAUAGUAUCGUAAUCGUUUGCUCUUUUUUUGUGUUUUUGUUUUGUUUUUGUUGUUGUUUUUUUUUGGUUUAUGUUGGCGACUUGUCAAAAGAUGACAUACCUCGGCCCGGAGUAAGACUUUCAGGGGUCCCGUGUCGAUCUCAAUGUAGAUCUCAAUGUCGAUGUGUUCAUCUAACCUGGGAUGUCAGAUGCUUACUUGUUGGGUACUGUCUCUCACUUCGUCCCACGGAAUAGUGCAACUGAUACCACUACACUAAAACACUGAAUAGUUUGAAUAAGUUUAUGACAUAUCAUCAAGACAUGGCAGAGGAAUGUGUUAUGUAGUCAAAAUUCGAUUCGUUGCACAAAUCAAAGUACUUGUUUAACAACGCAUCCAGCCGAAAUCCUCAACACUCAAGCUACACCAUUAAAUAUCAUCCAACGGUCAAAAAUCCACCAUGACAACUACAAAACUGACGCGUCAUUCCUUCUCACCCAAAUACGUCACAAAUAUCUCACACAAUAGAUACAACUGCACAUAUUCUCUCCACACUAAACAUCUUUUCCAUACCAAACAUAACACGAGUGAUUCUCAUACCCUUGACAUCCUGGUUACAGUCAGUGUAUCCCAACGCUGUCCAAUAAAAUAAGAAUGAUAUAGAGAAGUUUACCAAAUGCGAGUCCACUGCCCAUUGAGCUUCUGAGACACGGGGCAUGGUGCCCACUUUUGCCCACAUGGAUAAGCCGGUCCUGAUUUCACGAAGAUUUAUUAUAUGUAAAAUCGGUCCAUCUCAAUGCCUUCUCACUUAAAACGAUGCGUUAGCUUUGUUUUCUAGUGAGGAUGUUAGAUGACCAAAAUAGUGAGGAUGUCACAUGGUCAAAAUAGUUAGGAUGCCAGAUAGUCAAAAUAGUGAGGAUGUCAGAUAUGCCCCCCCCCCCAAAUUUUUUUUUUUUGUCAGCUGAUGGCGCAAAGUUGUGAUAAAUUAGCAAAUAAUUUGGGAUAUUACAAUGUUAUGAUAACUACCAUAUGUUUGGUACAAGCAAUAACCCACAGAUCGUGCCCACUAAUUUCAUUCGCAGAUAUAUCUUUGGACGGGAAAACUUGUCAAAACUCUGGAAACCAAAGCAUGUUUGAAAAACGCAAUGGUAAGCUUCUUAAGAUUGUAAUCGAUAUUUCUCGUGUCUUAAAAUUAAAACUUUCAAACAAAUCACGUGUCACAACUUAAUACAAUACUUUCAUGGGCUGGAAUUGUGAAAGGUCUUUUUUUCUAAAAUAAAAUUAUUUAGGAAUCAUUACAAGGGGAAGGUGGUCAUCGGAAGGCAAAGAGUAAGCCGGUCCAACACGUCAGCCAGGGCGAUGAGCCAGCUGGCUUUACGGAACAGUUCUUGAUCUGGAGACCGGACAAAUACAAAGUAGGUUAUUCCUUAAUAAAAAUUAGAGUGUGAGCAAAAUGAUACCAAUGUGAGAGCAAUGUGAAAGUAAUAAGAGAGCAAUAUGAGAGCGAUGUGAGAGUAAUAAGAGAGCAAUAUGAGAGAAAUGUUAGAGUAACAAGAGAGCAAUAUGAGAGAAAUGUUAGAGUAACAAGAGAGCAAUAUGAGAGCGAUGUGAGAGUAAUAAGAGAGCAAUAUGAGAGCGAUGUGAGAGUAAUAAGAGAGCAAUAUGAGAGAAAUGUUAGAGUAACAAGAGAGCAAUAUGAGAGCAAUGUGAAAGUAAUAAGAGAGCAAUAUGAGAGAAAUGUUAGAGUAACAAGAGAGCAAUAUGAGAGCGAUGUGAGAGUAAUAAGAGAGCAAUAUGAGAGAAAUGUUAGAGUAACAAGAGAGCAAUAUGAGAGCGAUGUGAGAGUAAUAAGAGAGCAAUAUGAGAGAAAUGUUAGAGUAAUAAGAGAGCAAUAUGAGAGAAAUGUUAGAGUAACAAGAGAGCAAUAUGAGAGCUAUGUGAGAGUAAUAAGAGAGCAAUAUGAGAGAAAUGUUAGAGUAAUAAGAGAGCAAUAUGAGAGCGAUGUGAGAGUAAUAAGAGAGCAAUAUGAGAGAAAUGUUAGAGUAAUAAGAGAGCAAUAUGAGAGCGAUGUGAGAGUAAUAAGAGAGCAAUUUGAGAGCAGUGUGAGAGCAAAAUGUGAGCAAUAUGAAAGCAAUAGGUGAUAAAUAGGUGAGCAAUAUGUAAGCAGUAUGUGAUAAAUAUACGAGAAAUAUGGGAACAAUUUGCACAUCAAAAAUAUUUUUUUAAACAUACGAACUUACAAAAGUUUAAAUGAAUUACACUAUGAAUGCCCCAUUCAGGACAACUCUACAGGUAGAUGUAACAUAUAUUUGCCGUACAGGUAGAUGUAGCAUAUUAUAUUUACUGUACAGUUAGAUGUAACAUACUAUAUUUACUGUACAGGUAGAUGUAACAUACUAUAUUUACUGUACAGUUAGAUGUAACAUACUAUAUUUACUGUACAGGUAGAUGUAACAUACUAUAUUUACUGUACAGGUAGAUGUAGCAUAUUAUAUUUACUCUACAGGUAGAUAUACUUUACUAGAUUUACUGUACAGGUAGAUGUUACAUACUAUAUUUACUGUACAGGUAGAUUUAACAUACUAUAUUUACUGUACAGGUAGAUUUAACAUAUUAUAUUUACUGUACAGUUAGAUGUAACAUACUAUAUUUACUGUACAGUUAGAUGUAACAUAUUAUAUUUACUGUACAGUUAGAUGUAGCAUACUAUAUUUACUGUACAGAUAGAUGUAGCAUACUAUUUUUACUGUACAGGUAGAUGUAACAUACUAUAUUUACUGUACAGGUAGAUGUAGCAUACUAUAUUUACUAUACAGGUAGAUGUAGCUUACUAUAUUUACUGUACAGGUAGAUGUAGCAUGCUAUAUUUACUGUACAGGUAGAUGUAGCAUAUUAUAUUUACUCUACAGGUAGAUAUAAUUUACUAGAUUUACUGUGCAGGUAGAUGUUACAUACUAUAUUUACUGUACAGGUAGAUUUAACAUACUAUAUUUACUGUACAGGUAGAUAUAAGGUGCAAGAUAUAAUGUACAGGUAGAUGUAACAUACAUUCUAUAUAUACCGUACAUGUAGAUGUAACAUUCUAGAUAUAACUUACAGAUAGAUGUAACAUUCUAGAUAUACCAUACAGGUAGAUGUAACAUUCUAGAUAUAUCGUACAGGUAGAUGUAACAUUCUGGAUCUACCGUGCAGGUAGAUGUAACAUUCUAGAUAUACCGUACAGAUAGAUAUAACAUUCUAGACAUACCGCACAGAUAGAUAUAACAUUCUAGAUAUACCGUACAGAUAGAUGUAACAUUCUAGAUAUACCGUACAUGUAGAUGUAAAUUCUAUAUAUACCGUACAGAUAGAUGUAACAUUCUAGAUAUACCGUACAUGUUGAUGUAACAUUCUAGAUAAACCGUGCAGGUAGAUGUAACAUUCUAGAUAUACCGUACAUAUAGAUUAACAAUCUAGAUAUACCGUACAGAUAGAUGUAACAUUCUAGAUAUGCCGUACAGAUAGAUGUAACAUUCUAGAUAUACCGCACAGAUAGAUAUAGCAUUUUAGAUAUACCGUACAGAUAGAUGUAACAUUCUAGAUAUACCGUAAAGGUAGAUGUAAAUUUUAUAUAUACCGUACAGAUAGAUGUAAAAUUAUAGAUAUACCGUAGAGGUAGAUGUAACAUUCUAGAUAUAACGUACAGAUAGAUUAACAUUCUAGAUGUACCGUACAGAUAGAUUAAUAUUCUAGAUGUACCGUACAGAUAGAUGUAACAUUCUAGAUAUGCCGUACAGAUAGAUGUAACAUUCUAGAUAUAACUUACAGAUAGAUGUAACAUUCUAGUUAUACCAUACAGGUAGAUGUAACAUUCUAGAUAUACCGCACAGAUAGAUAUAACAUUCUAGAUAUACCGUACAGGUAGAUGUAACAUUCUAGAUAUACCGUACAGGUAGAUGUAACAUUCUGGAUAUACCGUACAGGUAGAUGGAACAUUCUAGAUAUACCGCACAGGUUGAUGUAAUAUUCUAGAUAGACCGUACAGGUAGAUGUAACAUUCUGGAUAUAUCGUGCAGGUAGAUGUAACAAACUAGAUAAAAAAUGUCUUUUGGAUAUUCUAAACGUUGUUUAUUCCCACUAAAUGGAUCAAGCAUCAAAAUAUCGGACAUUGGUCAGAGUGAGUGCAUCUUCGUGGUUUUGCUCUUUUGUUAGUUUUCGUGGGUGAAUAGAGGUGUCAAAUGAUAUAUUAGAUCGGGGUUGCAGCAAAAGACACUAAAUUUAUGUAUGAAACGGGGGGGGGGGGUAUUCUUGUGCAUUGCGGCCUUGAAGCCAUGGGUUUUACCGUCUUGGUAAAUGGUGAGUUACUGGGGGGAAAAAAGGCAUUGGCGGUGGGGGUUGCAAUGAAUCAUUCUUUCAAUUGAAUUUCUUUGUUCUCUUAAAUUAUGAUAAAAUGAUAUAUUAGAUCGGGGUUGCAGCAAAAGACACUAAAGUUAUGUAUGAAACGGGGGGGGGGUAUUCUUGUGCAUUGCGGCCUUGAAGCCAUGGGUUUUACCGUCUUGGUAAAUGGUGAGUUACUGGGGAGAAAAAAGGCAUUGGCGGUGGGGGUUGCAAUGAAUCAUUCUUUCAAUUAAAUUUCUUUGUUCUCUUAAACUAUGAUUCAGGCUAGAGGAGUAUCGAGUACAGCCUAGCAAUGGUAUUCAUGACAUCAUGGUGGUCUCUUGUAAGCUGUUCUACCUUCUUUUUAAUUCAGAAACUAAUCAAAAGUUAUAAAAUAUUUUUAAAAAAAUAUAAUUCUCUGAGCUCAAAUUUGAAAUAAUGAUGUGCCUCGCAGUUUAUUUUAAAAAUCUAUAUUCUCCAAAGUGUCUAUUCCAACUGUCGAUCCGUGCAAUGCUUGGGUUUUUGUUGUUACUUCUACUCCAGUUGGGAGUGAAACGAUUCAAGCUGUGAAGCAAAUGAUGAAUUGUCUCCUGCACAAGGAUGUGUUGAUAAACGUAGAGACUCCUGUCACGGCCAUCUGUUCGCGGUCUUGUUAUUUACCUUGCCAACACCCGUGCCAUGCUUUCCUGAAACAAAUAUAUGUUCAUACUUUGGCUUGUUCAGUGGUAUUUAUUUAUUUUUUAUUUUAUUUUAUUUAUUAUUAUUUUUUUUAAUUUUUUUUUUGGGUGGGGGGUUAACAUGCAUUUUGUUUAGAUGAAGAUGUUUGUUGACAAUCUUAUUGAAUGAUUUACUUUGAAACUUUUGAGGUUCAUUGAAGAAAUUGCUUGGAAAUAAGUGAGCUGAUGUACGGGUUUUAACAAAGAAAGAAUACUAAACGGUUUUUGGUUAAUUUUUUUUUUUUUAAAUCAUUCGUUAUCUUUAAUCGUAAAACACGUCUUAAAUUUAUAAAACUUAUUUUUGAAAACAUUUUAUAAAAUAAUAUUUUGCUCAAUAAACAGCGAAAAAAAAAUCAAAUUUAAUAUUUUUAAUUUAAUCUCUUCUAAAAAAAAACCUUUUUUUCUCAAAUAUUUUUCUAAACUUAAAGCCAGUAUCUGGUUACGAUAUUAAGAACAUAUGUUGACCGAGUUAUCAAUUUUGAAAUUUUAACAAAAUUAUUCUAAAAAAUCAUGUUUUAAGUUCCGACCCCAGCCCCGCCCCAGAAAGUCCCACACCCUAGCCGUGAAGACACCACUGACAAAGUCAUGUGUUCAUGUUACAAAGUCAUGUGUUGAUGUUACAAAGUCAUGUGUUGAUGUUACAAAGUCAUGUGUUCAUAUUACAAAGUCAUGUGUUGAUGUUACAAAGUCAUGUGCUGACGUUACAAAGUCAUGUGUUCAUGUUACAAAGUCCUGUGUUCAUAUUACAAAGUCAUGUGUUGAUGUAACAAAGUCAUGCGUUCAUGUUACAAAGUCAUAUGUUCAUGUUACAAAGUCGUUUCUUCAUGUUACAAAGUCUUGUCUUCAUGUUACCAAUGUGAACUUUACCGUUUUCAGAGUCCUGUCCAAGUAAACAAAAAUUACCCUUACUCUGAGUUGACAAAGAAGCUUCCGCCUCGGGGAGUUGACCCCGCAUACAAGGAGGUAAUCAAUGUAACAUGUACACAUGAAGGAGGUAAUCAAUGUAGCAUGUACGCAUGAAGGAGAUAAUCAAUGUAACAUGUACACACGAAGGAGGUAAACAAUGAAACAUGUACACACGAAGGAGAUAAUCAAUGUUUCAUGUACACACGAAGGAGGUAAACAAUGUAACAUGUACACAUGAAGGAGGUAAUAAAUGUAGCAUGUACACACAAAGAAGGUAAUCAAUGCAACAUGUGCACACGAAGGAGGUAAUCAAUUUAGCAUGUACUCACGAAGGAGGUAAUCAAUGUAACAUGUACACACAUGAGUUAAUCAAUGUAACAUGUACACACGAAGGAGGUAAUCAAUGUAACAUGUACACACGAAGGAGGUAAUCAAUGUAACAUGUACACACGCAGGGGGUAAUCAAUGAAACAUGUACAGACGAAGGAGGUAAUCAAUGUAACAUGUACACACGCAGGAGGUAAUCAAUGUAACAUGUACUCACGCAGGAAGUAAUCAAUGUAACAUGUACACACGAAGGAGGUAAUCAAUGUAACAUUUACAUACGAAGGAGGUAAUCAAUGUAGCAUGUACACACGCAGGAGGUAAUCAAUGUAACAUGUACACACGAAGGAGGUAAUCAAUGUAACAUGUACAAACGAAGGAGGUAAUCAAUGUAACAUAAUUACACGAGUGGCCACCUCAUAAAAUUUAGGUAGAUUUUUUUUUAUAGUUUAAUACUUAGCAAAAAUAGACAAUUUACAUUUAAAUUUUGUAUUUGAAAAAACCCCAAAAAAAAACAUUUAUAAGGGCAGACUAUGUGGUGGGUAAUACAUAUGUUGUCACAUUCCAGCUAAAGGUAUUUUUUUUUUAGUUAAGCAACUUUCCUUGUAACGUGUAACUUAAAAGAAAGUUACAAGUACGAUUCAAAGCAAAAAUAUCUCAUUAAAAAUGUGCUACAGUUUUUAUUGUAUCAUUGUUUAAUGGAUAAUGCUAUUGCAUAUGUGAUUCAUUAUGCAUACGGAUAGACUUAUUAAUGAAGAGCAUAGUUGUUGUUGUUGUUUUUUUGUUGUUUUUGUUUUUGUUUUUGAUUUUUUGUUAAGGUUAAAAAAUCUAUGUUUUGAAUUGCCAUGUGCGACCCUCGGCAUGGCACACGAAGGGAAAGGUUGGACAGCAUUGAAUUAAACAAAACAAAUUGUUAGGUUAAUUAUUUAUAUAAAAAUACAUAUAAUAUAUUUUGCGAAAUAAAAUGAAAAAAACAACAAACAAACAACUACCGCUAUUAUUUAAUUCCAGGUCUACCUUACUGAUGCUGAUUUUCUGGAGGUGUUCGGGAUGCCUUAUAACCAAUUCAUUACAUUAAAGUCUUGGCAACAAGUUGAGUUGAAAAAGAGGACAGGACUAUUCUGAGCAUUUGGUCAACUUCAUACACUACCACUAUCUAUGCACCGGACAUUAGCUAAUACACUUAGACUUGGAUGUCUAUACAAGAAAUAUCACUAUGGACGUUUAAUUGUUUUUUUUAAUUGUAUUAUUUGUUUACCCUAAUAUGUGUGUGUGUAUCGUAAUAUAAUAUUUCCCCUUAAAUUUUUGGUCAUG